GAGAGUGAUGUUGAGAGUGAUGUUGAGAGUGAUGUUGAGAGUGAUGUUGAGAGUGAUGUUGAGAGUGAUGUUGAGAGUGAUGUUGAGAGUGAUGUUGAGAGUGAUGUUGAGAGUGAUGUUGAGAGUGAUGUUGAGAGUGAUGUUGAGAGUGAUGUUGAGAGUGAUGUUGAGAGUGAUGUUGAGAGUGAUGUUGAGAGUGAUGUUGAGAGUGAUGUUGAGAGUGAUGUUGAGAGUGAUGUUGAGAGUGAUGUUGAGAGUGAUGUUGAGAGUGAUGUUGAGAGUGAUGUUGAGAGUGAUGUUGAGAGUGAUGUUGAGAGUGAUGUUGAGAGUGAUGUUGAGAGUGAUGUUGAGAGUGAUGUUGAGAGUGAUGUUGAGAGUGAUGUUGAGAGUGAUGUUGAGAGUGAUGUUGAGAGUGAUGUUGAGAGUGAUGUUGAGAGUGAUGUUGAGAGUGAUGUUGAGAGUGAUGUUGAGAGUGAUGUUGAGAGUGAUGUUGAGAGUGAUGUUGAGAGUGAUGUUGAGAGUGAUGUUGAGAGUGAUGUUGAGAGUGAUGUUGAGAGUGAUGUUGAGAGUGAUGUUGAGAGUGAUGUUGAGAGUGAUGUUGAGAGUGAUGUUGAGAGUGAUGUUGAGAGUGAUGUUGAGAGUGAUGUUGAGAGUGAUGUUGAGAGUGAUGUUGAGAGUGAUGUUGAGAGUGAUGUUGAGAGUGAUGUUGAGAGUGAUGUUGAGAGUGAUGUUGAGAGUGAUGUUGAGAGUGAUGUUGAGAGUGAUGUUGAGAGUGAUGUUGAGAGUGAUGUUGAGAGUGAUGUUGAGAGUGAUGUUGAGAGUGAUGUUGAGAGU